AUGAUGGUCAAACAUAGCAUGCUGUUAGGACUUUCCGUCGCAGCACUCUACACUCUUUCGGCAGCUCAAGCAGCUCUCCCUGUUGUCGACCUCGGGUAUGCCGUGCAUCGAGCAACUUUAAAUGUAAGUUAUGAAGCACGCCAGUUACCUCGAGAUAUUCACAUGGAUCAGUCAUCCGGUUCAGGAUACUUCAACUUCUCCAAUAUACGCUUUGGCCAACCUCCUGUCGGUCAUCUUCGAUUCUCGCCGCCACUUGCUCCUAGCGGUCGGAACACCACCGUAAACGAUGGUCAAAAUAGUGUUAUAUGCCCUCAGGCUGCACCAGCAUGGAGCUCUGAAGCCGCAGAAUUCAUCCCUGACCUCUUGACUGGUCAAAAUAUCAGCAACUAUACACAUCCUUCCAGUAUGCAAGUGCCGACCAACACCAAUAUUUCUUCUCUCCUGACGCCCGGUCCUGGAGUCUCCGAGGACUGUCUGUUCCUCGAUGUUAUUGUACCGGAGAAAGUCUUCAAUAUCACGAAGACUAAUGGGACAAGCGGUUAUCACGAGGUACAAUGCGAACCUGACCAACCGUGCAAAGUCCCAUCCGGAGCUCCUGUCCUCGUUUGGAUCUACGGAGGUGGAUAUACAUUUGGUAGCAAGACGUCUUACGGGAACCCUACUAGCUUGAUAUCUCGCAGUCUAGAGAACAACGGCGAAGGCCUUGUGUAUGUGGCUAUGAAUUACCGCCUUGGUCUUUUUGGCUGGUUAUCUGGAUCCGACGAUGUUACUGCAAAUGUUGGUCUACUUGACCAAAGACUUGCGCUCGAUUGGGUCCAACAAAACAUCCACCUUUUCGGAGGUGAUCCAUCACGUGUAACCGUUAUGGGUGAAUCUGCUGGUGGUGGAUCGAUCAUGCAUCAUAUCAUGUCCUAUGGUGGACUGGGAUCAGUCCCUUUCCAACGAGCAAUACCUCAAAGCCCGGCUUUCCAAAUAUUUGUUCCAUCUCAAUCGCAACAAAUUUUCGCUAACGCUCUGAAAAACGCUUCGGCUGUCACAAACUUGACCAUUAGCUCAGCUAGCGAGCUUCGUGCCCUACCAUUCAAGGCAUUAUAUGCAGUCAACAUAAUUAUGACAGGUCUAUCGAACUAUGGAUCCUUCACUUUCGGUCCAGUUGUCGAUCCUUCGCCUAACUCCUAUGUGCCUGACCUUCCUCUGCGCCUGGUCGCAAACGGGUCAUACCACAAUGUCAGCGUGCUGGUAAGCCAUACAUCGGAUGAAGGCCUCCUAUUCACGCCACCAUUCGUCCAAACUCAAGACGACUAUAAGGCGGCAAUCUCUCAGCUUUUCUAUUCAGCAAAUGUAACUUCUGUGAAUACCAUCACAACGGAGCUUUACCCACCCGUCUUCAGCGGAAGAUAUGGCUACAAGACAUCCAUCCAGCGGAAUGCUCUCUCAAUUUCCAACUUUCUCGUGACUUGCAAUGUCAAAUACCUCGCUUCCAAGCUUUCGGGAUAUGCCUACGUGUUCUGGGUUCCGCCAGGGCUUCAUGGCCAAGAUAACGCUUACACAUUUUUCAACGGCGAUACUUCCUCGCUUAAUGCAGGGGUUCGUGUUAAUGCCACUGUCGCAGCUACACUUCAAAGAUAUUUGACGUCAUUUGCAAUGACAGGGAAACCGACCGCGCAAGGCUUUCAGAGUAUGGUUCCGUAUGGCAAAGCUUUUACCGUGUCGAGCAUUAGUUCGAAGGGCUUGUUCCAACCAGCGUUGGGCAUGCUGCUUCCGGAUCCUGGCGCUGCGAAACAAUGUAGUUUCUGGGCGGAGGCUCCUUACUACACGCCUAAUUAA